GAAGUAUAUGAAUGUGUGUAGCGGAUAAAGAUUUGAAUGGUGUGCCAAAUGAAAACAAAUUGGAGCAGUCAUUGGGCAACGGCCCUCAAGCUUGAAGCAAAGGCCUCGAAAAGGCCAAUAAAGGGCGAAUCUCAUCAUACUGAAGAGGAAGCGGCAGAGAUACGCUGACACACAGAGAGAGAGAGAGAGAGAGAGAGAGAGAGAGAGAGAGCGGGAGGGAAUGGAGUCGAAGAAGAAGAAAAAGCGGAAAUUGAGGAAUCGGAGAUAGAGUACGUGAGCUAUGGGGGCGAACAUCAUCUACCGCUGAUCAUGCGCCUCGUUGACCAAGAACUCAGCGAGCCCUACUCCAUCUUCACCUACCCACUACUUCGUCUGUCUAUGGCCCCAGCUCUCCUUUCUCGUAUGGGUAAUGAAUUCCAUUUUCUCUGCCUUUUCCUUCUUCCUCUGCUUUUGGGUUUUUGAGGUUUUUGUGUUUUUCAGGGAUUCCAUAGAGGCAAAUGUGUAGGAACGGUGGUUUGAAAGAUGGGUGAGCAUAGGAACACUUUCAGAGGAUACAUCGCCAUGUUGGUUGUCAUCAAACCCUGUAGAGGAAGAGGCAUUGCUGCAGAACUUGUUGCCAGAUCUAUUAAAGUCAUGAUGGAAUCGGGUUGUGAAGGGUGUUCGGAAGUUGAAGAUGGAACUUGUCACUUCAUGUUUGUUUGGUUUUCCUCAUAUGAAGGUGACAUUAGAAGCAGAAGUCACAAACAAAGGAGCACUUGCACUAUAUGGUCGUCUUGGAUUUAUCAGGGCAAAAUGGCUCUUCCGAUAUUAUUUGAGCGGGGUUGAUGCUUUCCGUUUGAAGUUACUGCUUCCACUGCCAGACUUGCACCCUUUCAUUCAUAAGGAUUAGGGGCAGAGGCAUACUGAUUAUCUAGCAUCUGAAAAUGUUGCGGGUUACAUUGAAUCUUUUAAUCUAGAAUUUCCAAGUUCUAACUCGAACAGUUACCUACACUUGUAUGUUGCAUUCUAUAAUUAUUUAGAAUGAUGUUUAUGAUAUUUAUUCUGUAACCACUAACUGCUUGUUAAGAUGAGAUUAUCUAACUUACGAAAAGCAUUGCAUCUUCAGUGCUACGCGUUUUCUUUAUCGCAAUUCAUUUAUUCUUUUAUAGUAUGUUUGUCGUAUGAAUCACAGGUGCUUUAAGCACAUCAUAAUUCUUGGUUGUCUUUGUUUUAAUUGGACGGAAAUUAUCUGGCCUGAUUUCUCCAAACUCUGGCCUCCUUUUGAUAACCAUGUUUUCUUUAAAUUUUCAUUUUUAUUUUUAUUUUUUAUCGGCUUUUGCUUUGAAAUCCUUUUGCUAUUGAGGAUGUCCUCAUAAAAGCCAAAUAAGGAAAAUAAUAAAGAAAGGAAUCCAAAAAGAAAUGUUUAGCAUUGCAUUGUAUUGGCCAAGCUCGAAUCAAAAUAGAAAGUCCUUGUUUGAAAUGUUUUGAAUUUCCUGGUAGAAUAAGGACAUAUAAUGAUAGCCGCCUUAGUAAUUUACUCUAGAGUAGAACAUACAUAUAUUAUAAUGGUCUUAAAUUACCCUAGAAAAAACAGUUGUGAGUGAGUGUCGUAGUAGCCGUCUUCUUAAUUUACCCUAGGAUGUAUGCAUAUUCUAAUCUAAUGGUCUAAAUUACCCUAAGAAAAAUAAAAAAAAUAAAAAAUUUGUGAGUGAGUUUGCCUAGUAGAAUAAGGAUAUUUACGGAAUGACAUCUCCAAUGGGGCUUAAAAAACAACUGUGAGAAGUAGAAGUAGAACCGCUAUACAUAUAUAUAUAUAUAUAUAUAUAUCUUCUUCAUGAACAGGUGAGUGAAAGACAAGAAGAUAUCAAGAAGAAAAUAAGAAAAGAUCUCACAAGCAUGUCGUUGGAUGACCUUCCUAAUGAGAUGUUAUCAGCAAUAGCAAAGCGUUUAGGUUACUGUGAUGUGCUGAGUUUCCGUCUCGUGUGCAAACGUUUCCUUCGUGCCUCAAAUAGCGCUACUGCUGAGAUUGAAUCAACAAGAGAGCCGUUGUUUCUUCUUUAUCCAGGUUUUGAAUGUUAUAUGAUAAGUAAAACAGGUCUAUGGUAUCCCUGGCCUAUUCCCCAAUUACACGGGCUAGUAGGAGCAAAAUGUCUGGCAUCAAGCAUGGGAUGGCUGCUGGUAUUCCAGGCCGUUACUGGUUCAAUGUUUUUUAUACAACCCUUCUGCAACUACGAUUCGACAGUACGAAUUCCAAAAUUUCCCGACACCAGAGUCUCCCGACACUGUUGUGCUGCGUUUUCAUCUCCUCCUUUGUCCGGGGAUUGCAUUGUGGUCGUGGUAAAUCGUUUUAUUUUGGAUGAUAAUUUUUUGGAUUUGCAAGUUGUCCGCCAUGGCUGCGCGUAUUGGACCGGAUAUAGAAUUCAAUGUCCUCGGACCUACUUGGUUAACAUUAAAGGGAGUGCUUAUCAUGAUGGAAUAUUCUACUUUUUCAGCCCCAAUGGCAGGGGAAUUCGGCUUUGUCCUAAAAACUUAGUUAUCCAAAAAUUUGACUUGCUUUCCAAUGUCGAUCUUGCCGCACAACAUCCUCCUUUUCCUCCUUUUCCUAUUUUUGAGUUAAGGAAAAACUAUGUCAGAUUUGUGGGUCUCAAGAAGCGGCUGGGAUUGGAAGAGAAUAAUCGUGAUUCUGAAAUUGUCACUUGUGGGACAGUCAUGACGUCGCUGGAUAAUCACAACAAGCUAGUUGUGAUUUUCAACGAAGCUAUUGCUCACAGAUCAGCCGGAUACCAAUCCAAAGCUUUGUAUAAAGGGGUAUGGAUUCAUCCCAGAUAUCAUACUCCCAGGGCCACUCAUCCAUAAUACUUUGCUGAUCAAUACUUUUUUUUUUUUCUUGAAAAAAAAAAAAAAUCUUUUUGCUUUUUUUGGAUGCUGGAAUUUUGAUUAUUAGAACGUCCAAUAUUCAUAUA